AUGGGGAUCUGUCAGGGAAGGCUGGCGGAAACCACCAAGCCUUUGAACCGCGAACUGAAAGGUAAAAGAUGACUUUUCUCUGUCUUGGUCAUCUUUGUGAUCGGUGGCCCCGGCAGUGGCAAGGGGCCGCACUGCGCCCGCCUGGCGACCAAGUACAACUUCUACCACAUGCCGGUUGGAGAACUCCUGCGGGAGGAGGCCAAGAAGGCGACCACCAAGAGCAGGAUCAUCAGGGACAUCAUGCUGAGAGGGGCCCUGGUCCCAGCGGGCUACGUCUUGGACUUGCUGACCGAUAACAUGCUUAGGACCGAAAACGUCAAGGGAUUCUUUAUUGACGGCUUCCCCCGGGAAAUCAGCCAGGCCCGGCUGUUCGAGGAAGUGGUGGGACGCUCGCCUAACAUCGUGAUUGUGUUCGACUGCUCCACGGAGACGAUGAUCCAGCGCCUGCUGCUGCGGAGUCAAAUGGGCACGCGGGCCGACGACCACGAGAGGAUCAUCCGGCAGCGGCUGGAGACCCACUACACGCUCUCUGAGCCCGUCCUCACCUACUACCUGCAGAAGAGCAUGCUGCGGAAUGUCCUGGGCGAGGAGCCUUCAGAAAUUAUCUUCGCCAAGUGCUGCAGCGUCGUCGACGAUGUCUUGAAAGGGCAUUCGGCACAGGGCUAA